GGAGUGCCUUGUCUAUAUCAAGCAGUAUCUGCCUUUAAUUAAAUGCAAAAGUACUGGGUUUACGCUGUAAAAAAACAAAACAAAAAGUAACAUUACGCUGCAUCCAAGCUAGUUAGAUAUCUGAGGUUAGUGGGCAGGACGAAAGGUCGAUCGGCCAGCUAGGGUUGGUUUACUGGGUUUAUUUCUUGUUUCAUCUAUCAGCAUGGAACGUUUUGUUAUUUUGAAGCCAACGUAACUCGUUAUGUUGGUUAGAUAACUAGCAGACACCGUUUGCUGACAUUUCCACUGCUGCAACUUUCUAAAACGGUGUCGCGUCGGCAUGAAUUUGCCAUGUAAACAGUCCGUGAGACUGAAAGACAGACGCUGCUCCACCUCUGGCGCUCUAAACGCGUUAGUGCGUUAGUGCUGUAGCGGAGACGUUUGCUUGUAGUUGGGGACACAUUCAGUACAGGCGAUGCAUGUAGAGCCAUCUCUCGGCCUGGACCUGGAGGAAUCCCGCGGUGGUGGGCAGCUCACGGCGGGCUGUCUUAACCAGCUGAUAAUGGAAUAUUGCACGCCUGCUGAGGUCAAUAGCCAGGAGUCCUACCCGUCAGCCCAGUGGAAACCCACAGUGGAUUACAGCGCUCCAAGAUCAGAGUCCCCUGGUCAACAGGAAAUCCAUUCACAGGUAAGGGAGGACGGUGCACCUGUGGAGGUGACUGCAGCCGACGGUUUCCCGUCGUGCCCGUCAAAGCCUCUAGCGGAGAAUGAAGACGCUGCCUCCUCAGUGAUGCCCAGGAAGCAGGAUAUGAGAGGUGAUCAUGUUACAUAUUCAGGCUUGCACAUUUACUCUUCUGAAGACAGUGAUGAUGACAUAUGCGCGUGGAGGUUGAAGAAGACCAGAAGCAUAUUGGAAGAGUUGUUUUCUGAGGAUUCCAACGAGCUCUUGGAUUCUGCGUCAGACAGCGGAAAGGAGUUCCCUUCAAAUUCCAGAAAUGAAAGUGACGAGAGCAGUUCAGACGGCAGCGGGUCCUGUAGAUCCAGCUCCGGCGCCCCGGGUCCGGGAGCGGAGAGAACGGGCGGCCGUCACCGGUCCGAAGACACCGUGUCCGUCAACACGAGCCAAAGAAAGCGCAACGGCAAGAGGCUGUACAACAAAAAGCAUUAUUGCCUCUUCUGUUUCAAGCCCUUUAGCAAGAUGGCAAGGCACCUGGAAGACGUGCACUCCAAGGAACAGGAAGUGGCAAUGGCCUGCAGCUUCCCCAAGGGUUCGAAGCCGAGACGGAUACGUUUGGACGAGCUCCGUCACCGGGGCAACUACACGCACAACAUAGCUGUGCUGAGUUCGGGUAAAGGUGACCUUAUCCCUUACAAACGACCACGGGGGGCCGUUAAGCCGAGUGACUUUAUGCACUGCGCCCACUGCCAGGGUCUGUUCACCAAAAAGGUCCUGUGGAGGCACAUGAAGGUGUGCAAGCUACGCCCCAAAGAACACGUCCCCAAACCGGGCAAAAAUCGCGCGCUGUCGCUCUGCACCGCCACGCUGCCUGUGCCUCCCAACGUAAGCCCCGCCCUGUGGGCAACGCUAAGCGUCAUGGUGCCGGACGAAAUCACGGACGCGGUCAAAAACGACGGCUGCGUCGUUCAGCUGGGGGAGUACUGGAUGAGCAAGAGCGGCGAGUCCGCCGGCAGCCGGGGCUUCGUCCGGCAGAAGUUGCGCGAGCUGGGGAAGCUGCUGACCAGCGGCAGGAAGGUGACGUCGCUGCGGAAGCUGGAGGACUUCAUCGACCCGUAUAACUGCAUGCAGGCGGUGGAGGCCGUGAGGCACGCGUGCGAGUACGACGCUGAAACGAACUCGUACAGGAUCCCAUCGCUGGCCAAAAAGCUGGCCGUGUGCCUGGCGCAGCUCAGCAGGCUCGUGAGGACCAAGGUGGUGACCCCGAGCGACGGCCGCCUGGCGCAGAGACUGCGCGACUUCCAGAAAAUACACGAGGAGAGGUGGAACGACCUGCUGUGCGCGACCGUGGCGAGGAACGACGAGGGGGCGAAGUGGAGAACGCCCACGCUGCUAGACUUCACCGAGGACGUGCAGAAGCUCCACGCAUUCCUGGACAAAACGCAGGAUGAGCGCAUGGCACAGCUGUCUGCCGAGCCCUCCACGAAAUUCUGGUCUGAGCUGGCAAAGGUGUCCUUGACCCAGGUCAUACUGUUCAACCGCAGCAGAGAGGCAGAGGUGUCGGGUAUGUACCUGACCACCUUCCUGUCCAGGGACUCGGCUGAUCCCCCGACCGACAUAGACUGGGCCCUCACCGAGGUGGAGAAACAGCUCUGCCGCCACUUCUACAAAAUCGUGAUCCGGCGGGUGGGAGCUCGUCCCGUGCCCGUGCUGCUCACCCUCCGGAUGCUCCGGGCCUUGCAGCUGCUCGCCGAGCGGCGAGAGACCUGCGGUGUGCUGAAGGACAACGCCUACGUCUUCGCCCGUCCGUCCGCCACCACCCACUACCGAGGCUCGGACUGCGUUCGCUCUGCUGCGGCCGCCUGCGGCGCCAAGGACCCCUACGCCCUGACGUGCGGGAAGCUGCGGAAACGCAUCGCGACGCUGUCCACCGUGCUGAACCUGGGAGAUCCGGAGACGAACCAACUGGCGAACUUUCUCGGGCACGAGCUCAUCGUGCACGAGGAGUAUUACCCUCUGGCCGAAAGGACGCUGCAGCUCGCCAAGGUCUAUAAAGUCCUUACUGCGAUCGAGCAAGGAAGGAUGAUGGAGUUCCUGGGCAAGAACUUCUCUGACAUCAGCAUUCCGCCUAAUGAGGAGGUGGAGCUCAACAAUGACAAGGGGAAGUGCCGGGAAGGUUCAUCAGUCAGAGGUACAUUUACUACCUCUCAUCUGGUUAAAAAAACAAAAAAAAAAAGGAAAACCUGGAGUGUGGAUGAGGUGCAGGCUGUGGAGAGACACAUGAAGGACUUCAUCACUUCCUGUCGCGUGCCAGGCAAGUCUGCGUGUGAGCGCUGCGUCACAGCUGAGCCGCUGGUCCUUAAGAACAGAGACUGGCAGAGUGUCAAGUUCUACGUCUACAACCGCAUUAUGGCUCAGAAGAGGGAAGCAAACCAAAAAGUCCGAGGAGCUUUUGAAUAGUUUUUCUUUUUAAAAUAAACAAAAACAAACAAAAAUACACCAGGAGUACCACUGCAGUCUCAUGGAUGAAAAGCCGCAGACAACAUGUGGCAUCCCUCUGACUCUAACCCUGGUCUCGGCGGUGGAUCUGAACUCUGCACUGAGGAAGACCAGGUGGUGCAGGUCUCCCUCCCCAUCACAUGAUGGCGCCACCAGGACUGGCAGCAGGAAGACAGCACAAGGCGUACUGAUGCCGGCAUCUGCUCCGUGGCUGGUGGUACUACUCUACUACUCUACCUGUGUCUGUCGUUGCUGUUCUUUUUAAACGAGCAAACUAAGGUGUGCUUGGUUCAUACAGUGGACCAUUGUUUGAACAGAGCGGAAGUGAGUUUGCACAGGUAUUUGAUUAUACAACUAUGACAGAGGGAUAAGAAACCACAGUGUGGCUAAUGCCGUCCUGUUGAAACCAGAAUACAUGUGAUUUUGUUAUUCAGACGACUAAAUUAUUAAAUCCUUGUUAUGUUCAUACAGAUGUCAGAUUUGUGUAAUGUUCAGUCAAGUUGUUGCUCUACUGGCAAUUAACUGUUUCUUCAUUGUGUAAAAUAAGUUGCUACUUCCCCGGGAAAAAAAUAUUUGGUUCGGAAUUAUUUUACAAUAUUUGUAUAAUAUGUAAUAUGUUAAUUUAGUCAUAUUGUAACAGAGCUAUCGGGCCAUUUUAAGAGAGCAAGAAUUAUUUCCCCCAUAAACUUGACCAAUAGUUAAAGAAGCAUUGCUCUAAACAUGCACGAAGGAAGUCACUGUGGUUGACCCUUAAAUAUGCACUGAGUAACUAUUGUCUGGUCAGACUUCAUCUAGGCCUUGUACUUGAGUUAUCACUGUUGUAACUAAUUUUAACAAUGCGUUACAAUAACCAGUUUGACUGUGUUUGGAAAUGAGGUCCCCAGAGUGUAGUGUGAACCACCUGGUUUAUCUGGAUAAAGGCUCUUUGGUUUAGCGAUCACUCUGUUCAGUCCAAGAACAGUAUUAUGUGAAAUGAUUCAACUCGUUUUGGAUUCGUAAAGUACUUCAUAGUUUAGUGAUUACCCAAAACUUUAGUCUUUGUGGUAAUUACAGCACAUGGCCAAUAACUGUAAAUAAACAGGCUGUGUUAUAUCUGUGUGUGUGUGUGUGUGUGUGUGUGUGUGUGUGUGUGUGUGUGUGUGUGUGUGUGUGUGUAAGAGUGAGUGAAUGCAUUAAUACAGGCCAUGAGAUUUUUAGUAACUUUUAUUUUAUCUGUACCCAUUUUGGGCAUUUCUAUAAAUACAAAUGUAGGUUGGAUGGAUAUGAUGUUUGAACGGGGUAUGAUAGACCUAGGGUACCCUAACCAGCACUGUACGUCUAUGUGUACACUAAUGUUUUGUAAAAAUCGGCCACAUUUAAAAUUAAAAUCAUAAUCAGUUCUGACAAAUUUUAGUUACAAGUCUAAUAUGUUUAUAUCAUUAAAUGUAUUAUGAUAUAGCGUAUGCCUAAUAUUUAAAGUGCAUGUUCACAUGUAUUCUGUAUUCUUUCUUGAGCUUUUAAGACUGACUAAAAUGAAUGCCUUCUUCAGCCUAAAACAGAUCAAGUCCAUCAUGACCAGACAGGACAGAGGCAUGUUUAUGCUCUUGUGGGAGUCAGACGUUAUUAUCCUUACAACUCGCGCUGCUCUCUCAAACGUUAGCUACAGAUUUGGUCCUUUUUCUGGGCAUAGAUGUCCAUUAACGCCACCUGCCUCUUACAGUAGAAGUCAUAGUUUGAAAGCACUCAAUGCAAAAUGCCAUUGAUCAUCAGAGUAGACCCACCAAACAACAGAGAGAGAAAGAAAGAGUGGGAUAUUAUUUCUAUUAUUGUGUGUCAUUAACUUUUGAAUAAGCAUGGGACAGCACUUAGCACCUAGCUGUAGCAUUAUAGUUGUUUGUGUUGUGGUCAUAUUCUAGUUCUCUAGGCUUCUAGGCUGCACACCUGGAAUAACGCCAGCUGAACCUUUUAGGCUUUCCUUGAAAUUCAUAAGUAAAUGAAAAUGUAUCGAUGUCAGAAGCCUUACCCUCCUAGUAUUAUAUUACAAUCAUUACAUGUGUUACAAUCAUUUAGCAAAAAUGUAUUUUAGGCUUUCCUUGAAAUCCAUAAAUAAAUGAAAAUGUAUUGAUGGCAAAGGCAAGAAAAGCCCUUUUCCUACCCUUGGAUGGUAUGAGCAGGUCCCACUACUUUAGCAAAAACACUAUUAGUUUAAUUCAUGUUGAGACAUGCUGUCAAACUAAAGGAGGCAAUCACAGUUACAUGUAAGUGUCUUAUGUUGUGCCAGCAUUGUGAAACACCAUCAUGGAACAAACCUGCAGGCCUAUAUGCACUGAAAGCUGCUGCAGCAUGGACCUUCUGAGCUGUGACAGGAGCAAGGCACAGGCAAGGAACUUAAAGAGCACUUACUGCGCUGAAAGAUAGAGUUCGUCUUCGAGGACCAGGUUUGGCACAGUCACUAACAGGCAGCUAAGGCCCACUGAUGCAGAGCACUGCACGUAGACCCCUGUGGGGAGUAAAUGGACAGGUAAACCAGGCACAGGUGUAGGUGAUUAAUUAGUAAGUGGGCAGUUGGCACUGGGAAAGUGGAAGUGUGCUGCCAUUGCUGGAUGUGGUCUGUUAAAGGCUGGCUGAGAAGAGGCUGGUGUCACAUAGCCCUCCAGUGCCUGUACUCUGUCUACUCUGCAAAGAACUACAGGUUUCCACUCCAUUUCCCAGAAUUCCCAAGAGAAUCAAGAAAAAGUCACCCAACACAAUCAGCCAAUCGGGAAACAAGCAGUAGCUCGUCCUCUCCAGAAUAAUAAUUGAACUCACCCAUUUCCUAUUUUCUGUGCCAAUAAAGACUCUCCAGUUCUAAUACUUAUCUUGUGGAUUAUUAUUAUUGUGUUUUCAUGUGCAUACUGAGUUGGUUACCUGUCCAUGUGUGUUUUGUUUUCCUGGUCUUCUUGUUGUUUGGAUUUCCCUUUUGAUUUGUUUGAUCUUGGAUUUGGGCUGUUUUCUGACUAUGGCUCUGAUGCUCCUUUAAUGUUUCUCUGCCCUCUGGUUUUGACCCUGUUUUGUGUACUCUUGCGGAGCCAUGUUUUUUCACAUUCAAACAUUUGCUACAUUUUCCAUGAGCGUCCGCCUCUUUGUGAUCCGUCACAGCUGGGGUGUGACAUACAUAUACUUAGAUUUACCUUAACACUUUCUAACGAAACAAUUAUAAAAUGAGUUUUAAUUAGAAGAAAUCUACAAUUAUAUUAUAAAAAAACUCAGCAACUAUCUUACGUUUUGUCAACAGGCAGUUUUGGUGAACAGUAGUAAACAUCGCUGCCUCUUUAGUAACAACACUGUGUAAGAUGUUGUGUUCAAUAAAGUUUAUUUUCACUAAGUCAGCUCAAA